GGAUGUGGCCUGUGGAUGAUGUGGAUUCCAUUCAACUUCUUCUUCUCAACUUAACCAUUCAUGGUGACUGACAAGUCAUGAUAAUUUUUUAUAAAACAAAUAGUUUUUCGCAAUGGACGAUUCGUUUUUCGGGUUUGAUACAACUACAAGUGUACCGGAUGAAGAUGGCAGUGACGGACGAAUUGCAGAGCCUCCGGAAGAAGAGUACGACGCUCUUAACGAUGAAACGUUUGGCUCGGCUAUAAAUGGCGACUGGGAAGAAGCCCACGAAACGCUUGUCCUACUCGGAGGCAACGGCGAAAAAGCUCGCAAAGGGACAGACUUCACAGAUCACAGCCAGAGCGGCAAUGGCGCUUUCCAGAGUCAGCGUCAGCACAUGCACCUGCGUGGGUUUCAAAGCGGAAGCAUUGACGACUCGGACUUGGAACUAAAUCUGUCGUCCAUGAAAUUGGAUGACGUUGAUGUAAGUUCGUUCGGAGAAAGCGAUGGAAACAACCGCAUCAACUUGGACUCGGGCGUUUGGACAACUCAUCCCCCUUUUCCAAUACCGAACAAUCAACAGCUUUUUCGAGAUAACUUUCGCAGCGCAUUUAAAUCCCAACCGCAAGCAACCACAAACACAGGAACACAAAUGAAGCCAUUAAAUGAGUCAAAUGCCAAUUUUGGAUUACCGCCCAUGCCACCACCCGCGUCGGCUAAAAUCUCGACUCUUGAAGACAUUGAACGGAAUCUUAUCAUUCAACAGGCAAUACCCAAACAACAGAUACAUCAGCAGGUGCAACCUUUGCACCAACAGGACUUCAGUCUGGGCAAUCGACAGCAUGUGGUGGUAACGCCAACAAUAUCCCAACAUCAGCAACAGCUACAAAAGCCACUGCAGCACAAGGCACCUCCUGGAUUUUUGUCCACGCCACAAACACCGCCACCAAGGCAAAAUGUUGGAUUUCAUGGUCCCCACCCGCUGGGUGGCGCCGGCCCAAUUCCGGCAGCCGGCGCAGGUCUAAUGCCGACGCCCCAUUCACAACAGCACCAACAGUUAAACGGAAUCAGUGGAAAUCGUGUUCCGCCUGGGUUCAUAUAUCCAACUGGCCUGGCUACGAACCUGCCGCAACACCCAUUGCUGCAACAGCAUGUCUUGCCGCCCAGUUUUCCCCGUCCACUGCCAAACCCACUUUUGCCCACGGCGCUCAACAAUUUUGCCAUGCAUCCGAGCUUUAAUGCGAUGCGCGCCGUUGGCAUGCACCCGGCGGCCUUUAUGCAGCCUAUUCCGCCGCCACGUCUGCCGCCACACAAUCUGCUCAAUCAGCAACCCAACUCUAUGUAUAACAUGUUUAAUAUGCGCCUUGUGCAGGAAAUUCAGCAGAACCAUCCGCUUCUUCAGAACGCAGCUGUUGCGCGUCAACAGCAGCAAAGUCGUGCUGGCGACCGCCAAAAGCAGCAGCAGCUGCCCCAACAGCUGCAGCAACAACAGCAACUAAAUCGUUAUGGCGGCAAUCUUCCUCAGGAGGAGUUUGAUGAGUACGCCAAUCUGAUGAGUACGCGCGAUAAGCACUGGCUCAUCGGAAUUCAGUUAUCACAGUUAAACACUGACACACCAUAUAUUGACGACUACUACUACACGGUGCACAGGGAGCGCAGAAACGGUCAAGUGCGUCACAGUCAGGCACAUAAGGACAACCAGUUGAACCAUCCACUAACACAGCCGCGGGGCCAUGCGCAGUUAAUAUUGGUUCAGUUAGGCAACAAAAAUGGCUCACGCAAUGGCCAGCAACAUCGCGAGAGACGAAAUUCGGACAACGCGAACAGUAGCAACACUAGCGGCGUCACAAAUAGUAGUAACAACAGCAAUGCUCUGCCGGGAUAUAUCUUUUCGCCUUUAAAGUUCGAGAAUUCGCUGGGAAAGCUACAAUACGGAAGUGUUACAGCGCCCCGCAAAAUUAUUGAUGCUGAUAUCAUGGGUAGCGAUGUAAGUCCAGUGGAUAAUGCCUUGUCGUUAUCAUCAACAACUGGGCAAAAUAACGAUAAAACCAAUGAAUAUCAAAACGAAGUGGUCCUGGUGCCGAGCAGCAUGCGUAAAUCUCGACAUAUUCUGCUACACAUAGAGACCCUGUAUCGAUACCUGCUUAAACUAGAGGACCUGGAUAGUCCCGAGGUUAUGGCGACUAUUGUUUUAAAGAAGAAGAAGGAAAGCGAACGCAUUGCCGCUGUAGAACAACUAGAAAUGGCUAAUAAAACGGCCGAAGAGCGUGAGGCUGAUGCAGCUAAUCCGCAAACGAUGAAUCCAGCGCUCAAAAAUAAAUUCAACUAUGAAAUCGAGCCGCGCAAGGUUUUAGUGAACAAACUGAAAUCCGGCCUCACCUUUAAUAAAGUUGUAUCCAUGAUGAACGUGCGCAAGGGCAAGAUACUUUUACGCCGCAUCAUGCCCUUUAUUGCUGAUCAGACAAUACGCUGGACCGUUUGGAGUGGAGUUUUCUGUUCACUGCAAAAUGUCGUUAAGAAAGAUCGUGAAGACGUGGAGGGUGCGCUUUAUGCGCUUUAUCCGGAGUUCAGAAAGCAUAUACACGAAGCAAAUUUGGAAACAAUUAUCAACAUUUCGGUUGCGUUUACAUUGAAUGACAAAAAGAUGUCGGGCAUUUUCUGUAGUCGCUUUGGCAUUCUUUCGCUCGUCGGAUUAAUAAUACGGGUCGAGGCGAUUUACAUUUCGGGCAUUGAUGCAACGCUUACUGAGGAUAACCGACAAAAAUGGCGGGAGUUUCUCGCACAGGUUGCUUCCUGCCUUAAUCGCACCAUACAAAAUCAAACCAUCUCAGCGGCAAUUGAGUCAGAUGCCAUUCAGCCAAUGAUGAAUCAUUUUGCACGUUUCAAAGACUUGAAACUCGAUGCGCUUUUGGCUUUAAUUACAGAGGCCAAACAUCAAAUUAAUUAAACGAAGGCAUUAUUUCAUUUCAAUUGAUUUUGUAAUUGAAAAGUUAUAUAUUCCUUGUAUUAGGUCUGUCAUUAAUGUUGGGUUAUUCAGCAGUUAAUAUAUGUAUGAAUUAUGUAUCUACAUAUACAUUUGUGUUGUGUUUAAUUUAACAUAUACAUAAUACACGCGCACAAUUUGUAAAAGAAAUGCAUGGAUACACCAAGUACAUAUAUAAAUAAACAUGCACAUGAUAUACAUUAUACAUGUACAUUUAUCACAAGCAGGGCUCAUACAAACAAUACUUCAACGACACAAAAAAAUGUGAAUCAUGUAAACAAAUUCAAAAUCUGUUUUUUCAUCGAUAGUAAUAUGCCCCUUAAAAAAUCAAAAUACUUAUGGCAUCAAACAUUUUGCUCAUUGUAUAUAUGCCAUUCUGUAUUUAAUAGUGAAUACAUGUCGACAGCUAUAUUUUAUUGAGGUUUAUAAUAUUGUACUAUUCUCUUUUAUUUUAACUUGUUUGAUUGGCUUACAUAUUUUAUUUACAUUUCCAUUAAGUAAAUUUGUGCGUAAUUAAAAAUUGAAUAGAAUUAAAAUUGUUUCCAAUGCACAUUUAUUUAUUGAUAUACAUUUAUAAAGCAUAACAAAUUAACAUUAGAGUGAUUUAAAGAAUCCAAUUUAUUUUUUGUCCAUUUACAUUAACAAUUUCCUAUGAAGUUUCGGUAGUUUGUAAAUAUCCAGCUUAUACAUCCACUCGAAACAUAUUAGGCGAUGUGGGUUUUUGAAAUCAAAUUUGUCUCACAUACGCACUUUUUUUAAAUAUGAAAAAAAAACUGACGUUUCUAAUACAAGAAUAUUCAAAAUUGUGAUACAUUUUGUGUAUUUUUAAACUAAACUUAAUAGAAAAGAAAGUGCAGUCAGCACAGCAGAAGUGUUUUAUUGCUCAUUUAUGUUUUAUAGAAAUAAAAUAAACAAAAAGCAAUUUGUGAGAUUCCAAACAAAAUUUGUAAAUUAUCUUUGUUUAAUGUAUUCAAUAAUGUAACCGGUUACCGCGAUUAAUAAGUUGUAUGUUGUCUUUUUCGCAUAAGUUUCAAUUUAUUAGUGCUCUUUGUUUAAAUUUAAAAACAAGAUAUUUUCAAAAAAACCGAAAUUGUCGGCUUUUUCACAAUUAAAUUACAGUUUAAAGUUGAUAGAUCUUGAAUGGGAUAUAUUACAUAUACUACAGCAGGUAUAUGUUGUGUUUAUUAAGGUAUUUAAAGCACUUUAACUUUUGGCAUUACACAUUUUUUUAAUGUUUUUAAAACCAAAAAUUAAACAGAACAAUGUACUUGACUUGGAAUAAUAAUAAAAACAACAUGGCCCACACAUAAUAGAUUAAUAUUUAUUUCAAAUCAUUUGAUUUUUUUUGAGUAGUGUAAUGGAAAAUUAUUAAGAAGAUUUCUAAAAUUGUGAAAACAAAAUAGUUUGUAAUAAUCUCUUUUUUACUUUCAUGACAUUUGUGUGAAUUAUUAAAAAAUAUUUAAAAAUCUAAAAUGACAUGGUAUUUAAAAUAAGAGAGUCUCAGUCGGGAGUGCCCGACUAGAAGAUAACCCAAGCCUAGCGCAGAGACGUCAUUACAAACAUUAUUCUCCUCCCAAAAAUAUAAGCACAACAGUGCUUUAGUCGAGACUGUCCAACUCGGAGAUACCCUGAAUCCAAAGCUACCCUCCAUUUAAACCUACAUAUUUACACACUCAAUACACAGUGCUAUUGUAAUGUUUCCCUUUGCCCCAAACUAUAACCAAUAAAUUCUUUAAUAACUUCUA